AUGGCUACAAAUGGUUCAGCAGGACAUAUAUGUCCGUCUCCGAUGAAGGCGACAUCAAAUGGUGUAUUCCAGGGUGAUAAUCCUCUUCAUUUUGCGCUGCCUCUUGCUAUUUUGCAGAUAUGUAUAGUAGUUGCUCUCACUCGGGGUCUUGCCUAUCUUCUGAAACCACUAAGACAGCCACGAGUCAUUGCUGAGAUUAUUGGAGGAGUACUGCUUGGUCCGUCAGCUCUGGGACGAAACAAAAGUUAUCUCCAGGCAAUAUUUCCACCAAAGAGUAUCACGGUGUUAGACACCUUAGCAAACCUUGGUCUCCUGUUCUUUCUAUUCUUGGCAGGCCUAGAAAUAGAUCCUAAAGCCCUUCGCCAGACUGGAAAAAAAGCCCUUGCCAUUGCCGUAAUAGGAAUCAGUCUCCCAUUUGCAUUAGGAAUUGGUUCAUCGUUUGUCCUCAGAGCAACCAUUUCCAAAGGGGUAGAUUUAACUGCCUUUCUUGUGUUCAUGGGUGUGGCCCUCUCUAUAACUGCUUUCCCCGUUUUAGCACGUAUUCUGGCUGAGCUGAAACUUUUGACUACUGAAAUCGGAAGAUUGGCUAUGUCAGCUGCUGCAGUUAAUGAUGUGGCUGCCUGGGUUCUGCUUGCUCUUGCCAUUGCCUUAUCGGGUAGUAACCAAUCUCCCCUUGUUUCGUUGUGGGUCUUAUUGUCUGGAUUUGUGUUCGUCAUCUGUGCAAUUCUUGUUGUACCCUCAAUCUUCAAAUGGAUGGCUCAACGUUGUCAUGAAGGUGAACCCAUUGACGAAAUCUACGUGUGUGCUACACUUACUGCUGUUCUGGCAGCUGGAUUUAUUACUGAUACAAUUGGUAUUCACGCCAUGUUUGGUGCUUUUGUGAUUGGAGUUCUUGUUCCAAAGGAGGGGCCAUUUGUGGGUAGUCUCGUGGAAAAAGUUGAAGAUCUUGUAUCUGGUCUAUUUCUUCCGUUGUACUUCGUCUCAAGUGGACUGAAGACCAAUGUAGCAACAAUUGAGGGAGUUCAGUCAUGGGGUCUAUUAGUUUUGGUCAUAUUUACUGCCUGUUUUGGGAAGAUUUUCGGGACUGUUAUGGUCUCACUUCUAUGCAAGGUGCCUGUCCGGGAGGCUUUAGCUCUUGGGUUCCUAAUGAACACUAAAGGAUUGGUGGAACUCAUUGUCCUCAACAUUGGCAAAGAUAGAAAGGUUUUGAAUGACCAGACUUUUGCCAUUAUGGUUCUAAUGGCUCUGUUUACUACUUUCAUCACCACACCUCUUGUCACUGCUGUAUAUAAGCCAGCAAAAAGAGCCAGAAUGGCUGAUUACAAGUAUAAAACAAUUGAAAGGAAGAAUACGAACUCCCAGCUAAGGAUCUUGUCCUGUUUCCAUAGUGCCAGAAACAUUCCAUCAAUUAUAAAUUUGCUUGAGGCCUCACGAGGUACAAAGAAACGUGAUGGCCUUUGUGUUUAUGCAAUGCACCUGAUGGAGCUCUCUGAGAGGUCAUCGGCGAUACUAAUGGUACACAAGGCGAGAAGGAAUGGGUUACCUUUCUGGAAUAAGGGACUGCGAUCAAAUACUGAUAACGUUGUUGUGGCAUUCGAGGCGUACCAACAAUUGAGCCAUGUGUCCAUCAGGCCAAUGACAGAAAUCUCUUCAGUUUCUAAUAUGCAUGAGGACAUUUGUGCUACAGCUGAGAACAAAAGAGCUGCAAUCAUAAUCCUUCCAUUCCAUAAGCACCAGAGGCUAGAUGGUACAUUAGAAACUACACGAAAUGACUUUCGUGGGGUUAACAAAAGAGUUCUUGAGCAUGCACCAUGCUCCGUUGGAAUUCUAGUCGACCGUGGGCUUGGUGGAACCACACAUAUUGCUGCAAGUAAUGUUUCUUAUUUCAUUACAGUUCUUUACUUUGGGGGCCGUGAUGACCGUGAAGCCCUUGCCUAUGGGGCUCGCAUGGCUGAGCACCCUGGUAUCCGUUUAGUGGUCAUUCGCUUCUUAGUGGAACCUGAGAUUGUUGGGGAGAUAUCAACAGUUGAUAUUGAUCACAAUUCUGGCAGCAAAGUGGGGUCGGUAGAUGAGGAAUUCCUUGCUGAAUUCAAGCAUAGAAUCGUUCAGGAUGACUCAAUCACAUACGAAGAGAAGGUAGUCAGAAAUGAGGCCCAAACCAUUGGUGUGAUUCGUGAGAAAGGUCGAUGCCAUCUGUUUCUGGUGGGACGAUGCCCUGGUGGAGAAGUAGCCUUGGCCCUAAAUAAGAGGAGCGAGUGCCCGGAAUUGGGGCCUGUGGGAAGCUUGUUGAUAUCCCCAGAUUUCUCUACUCAAGCAUCAGUCUUGGUACUGCAACAAUACAACGGUCAGGUACCAUUGAAUUUAGCGUCAGAGAUGGAGGAGUCACUUGAUAAAGAUACAGACUCGACCUAGUCUGGUUUGAAUAUGACUUGACUGGUUGAGAAUGUAACUAUAUCAUGCAAGUGUAGGUUCCCAUCAUUGAAUAUAGUCAUCAUUUUGGGGUGCAAAUGCUAGCAACUUAGUCACAGUCACUUAAAAAUUUCAUCUGUUUGAAACAAUAAAUGUUAACCUCCAUUGUAUGUUUUUCAGCUAUGCAAUAAAGCAAGGCAUUCCCUACCCCAUUGAAUUGCUUCAACUGUUCAGUACAUUGAUUCAAGGUCAAGAGUGUUUCACUUCUAAGCAUUACGAUACUGAAUCAAAUCAUGAUUGAUUUUCAGCUA